AUGCUUCACGAUUCAUCUGACUCGACGUCCUAUCACUCCAAUGACUGGCAUGCUAACAUACGCUUCGAGACAUAUUCCGAUGCGAGACUGGCUGCCGUUUUCCUUGAUAACAUGGACAGGCUUCCUGUUGACCUAUUCAAGCAAGUCAUCGAUGUCAUAAUUGAUCCGCAAUUCAAAUCGAGCGAAGUCACAUUCAAAGGCACUUUGGACGCCUUUGAGCGUGUCUCGACUUAUCGACGGAACAUGGCGCCAGGCUGCACCGUGGAAAGGCUAUCAUCGGGCGUUGUUCCACCUGUUGUUUUAGACCUUGUGGUCGAUACGAUCGUGCAGCAGAAUAUACCACUAGGAAUAGCAGCAGAAAAGCGGUGGAGUGAUGCACUUGCUCAUAAUGGAGUGAGCUUGCGUAAUAUGAGCCUUGUCCAUCGUUCCUGGACGAUAAUUGCGCAGCGAGGACUGCGUCAUCGAGCAAUCAUUCCAUGUCGGCAGAUCCAUCGAUUUCUCGUCAAUCCCUUAUGCGGACCGUGGGUCACUGAGAUGAUCAUCUACUGGACACUUAGACCGAAGGACGAGGCAAUUCGCCGCCUCUACCUUCUGGAGGGGCUUCUUGAACGUACUCCGAAUGUUUGUUCCUUGGCAUUCAUUACCUCUUAUGAUGGUAGUGAAUCGAAAAAGGCAGAAAGCUUCCAAAUUCAAAGUUGCUUCGACACUAUAUCGGGUUUGUUGCCAUGUCUCCGAAGGCUUUGGCUUAAACACAUUACAAACACGUGCGGAUCUGUUUGGGUGCAAGUCUGUGAAAAUUUGAACUCUGUAUGCAAAGCUAUUCCAAAGUUGCACUCGUUGGAGUUCCUAUCCAUAGACAGAUGGGUAAGCUCGGAUUUGGAGGACUUUAAUUGGAACGAGCAUCCUCCUUCAUCAUUAAAAUCAAUCAGCCUGUGCCUCCAUGAUUUCAUGAGUAGGCAAUUCUUUGCAUGGCUCCUCAGUCCUCGAAACGGCUUCAGUUUGCAGUGGCUGUCCAUCGGUGAAGGUGACGGGUGUCCAGAGAGUUCCUACAGGGAGCUGCUGCUGUCUCUGCAGUCAAACCUCCACCAACUUAAUCAUCUAUCAGCGGUCACAUGGGCUAUCCAGCAUGACGACAGGUGGUCUUCUUCAGAUAACAUAUUACUUACCUGUCGCAUGCUGACCAGCCUGGAACUUAUCUACGACCAAUGUUAUUCACCUCGCUGUUCUUCAUCCUUUCUCCCAGCCUUGCCCCCAUCCUUGACUCAUUUAACGUUUCGCUGUCCCGACGUAUUUCUUCACAAAAGUGCACAUGCCUUUGCAUUGCGCAUUGUCCAAUCUUUGAAGAAGAAAAUACCUACACUUCCUCAGCUUCAGAGCCUCCUCUUCAUAAUACACCCACACAAUCCGCUGUAUUCAUCACUUGUAUGCCAAGGCCGCGAUUCGAGACGAUAUGACACGCAACUGGGUGGUCGCUUUGUACCAGCAGAAGAACUAGUAGUGGCGGACUUGACAGACUUCUGUAAUAGUCGGAACAUACAUCUCGCGUGUGUACAGGCGCCGUCGCUUGCACUCCUUGGAUGA